AGCAGCUGCGUGCCCAUUGGCUGCCGGGCUUCCUUUGUUCCUUUCGCUGCUGCCGCAGGAGAGCGGAAGUUUGAGCGCACUCGCUUGCAGCUGGAGCUGCCCGGGGCGAGCGAGCGAGCGAGCGAAGUGAGCCUCCCUGCGCUCAUUUCCUUUCUAACCACAUCCGACUGUCAGGGUGGGAGCAACAGCAGGAGGGAGGAAGGCAUUUGUUCUCCGAGAGUCUCCCUCGCCCCGGAUCUCGCGUGUGCGCGCUGGGGAUCCAACAUGGAUCUGGAAAGCAAGAUCAAGAAGAUGGGCUUAGGACAUGAAGAAGGAUCUGGAGCCCCUUGCUUGAAGUGCAAAGACAAAUGUGAAGGAUUUGAGCUACAUUUCUGGAGGAAAAUAUGUCGAAACUGCAAGUGUGGGCAGGAGGAGCACGAUGUUCCCACUAGUAACGAGGACGACCGCAAAGUGGGGAAGCUCUUUGAGGAUACAAAAUAUACAACCCUCAUUGCAAAGCUGAAAUCGGAUGGGAUCCCUAUGUACAAGCGCAAUGUUAUGAUACUGACUAAUCCAGUAGCUGCCAAGAAGAACGUGUCCAUCAAUACUGUGACUUACGAAUGGGCACCUCCCGUUCAGAAUCAAACCCUGGCAAGACACUAUAUGCAGAUGCUUCCCAAGGAAAAGCAACCCGUGGCUGGCUCGGAAGGUGCUCAGUACAGAAAGAAGCAGUUGGCCAAGCAGCUGCCCGCACACGACCAGGAUCCGUCCAGAUGCCACGAGCUGAGUCCUAAUGAGGUGAAGCAGAUGGAGCAGUUUGUGAAGAAAUACAAGAACGAGGCGCUCGGGGUGGGAGAUGUCAAGCUGCCGAGCGAAGUGGAAGGCAAAGCUGCCGGGAAGGAUGUCCCGACUAAUGGGGAGAGGGGCACCUCGGCCACCGUAGGAGCCAUGGAAGACAAACUGGCUGGUCAGAAGGCAUCCCAAUAUUACUGCUUCCGGUGCAAACUGAGCAUGAAGGAAGGGGACCCGGCUGUCUACGCCGAGCGGGCCGGCUACGACAAACUCUGGCAUCCGGCUUGUUUUGUCUGCUGCACCUGCAGCGAGCUCCUUGUGGAUAUGAUCUACUUCUGGAAGAAUGGGAAACUGUACUGUGGCCGACACUACUGUGACAGCGAGAAGCCCCGUUGUGCUGGCUGCGAUGAGCUUAUAUUCAGCAAUGAGUACACCCAGGCAGAAGGUCAAAGCUGGCAUCUGAAACACUUCUGCUGCUUUGACUGUGACUGUGUCUUGGCUGGGGAGAUCUACGUCAUGGUAAACGAAAAGCCUGUCUGCAAACCGUGCUAUGUGAAGAAUCAUGCCGUGGUCUGCCAGGGUUGCCACAACGCUAUCGACCCCGAAGUUCAACGUGUGAGUUACAACAAUUUCAACUGGCAUGCCACCACAGAGUGUUUUCUGUGCUCCUGUUGCAGCAAGUGUCUCAUUGGCCAGAAGUUCAUGCCGGUAGAAGGAAUGGUUUUCUGCUCGGUGGAAUGUAAGAAAAAGAUGAUGUCCUAAUGGGAAGAGAACCCGGAUCAAGCCAAGUUUCGCUUUACUUCAGAACCCUCUGCAUUUCUACUGUAUUGGGGCGUUUUUCAAAACAAAAUUGAACGUAUUAAAUGGCAAAUUCCAAAGAA